AUGACCCUCUCAGUUUAUCAAAGUCUCACCCAUUCACAGAAAAAAAAUAAAAAUAAAAAUAAAAAAAAUCGACCUUCUCAGCUCACGCUCAACCAUUCACAGAUUGGGCUCCUCAGUGAGAAACCAGAUCUCUCGCGCUCGCUCCUCACUCUAAUCGGCAGCGACACCUUCUCUUUGGCAGGCAAAACCCAGUGGAAGCAUCACAAAUUCAGGAAAAAAGAUAAAGAAAGAAAAAAGAAAAACCCAAGAAAGAUGUCAGGACAAACCCAGCGCCUGAACGUGGUUCCCACCGUAACCAUGCUUGGGGUCAUGAAGGCCCGGCUCGUGGGAGCCACCCGUGGCCAUGCCCUCCUCAAGAAAAAAAGCGAUGCCCUCACUGUUCAGUUCCGCCAGAUCCUCAAGAAUAUCGUCUCGACAAAAGAAUCCAUGGGUGACGUCAUGAGAAAUUCCAGUUUCGCCCUUACGGAGGCUAAGUACGUGGCUGGCGAGAACAUCAAGCACGUCGUGCGAGAGAACGUCCAGUCAGCAGCCCUCAAGGUCCGUUCGUACCAGGAGAAUAUCGCAGGGGUAAAGCUCCCCAAAUUCGAGUACUUCAUAGAAGGUGGCGAGACCAAGAAUGACCUAACCGGGCUUGCCCGAGGCGGGCAGCAGGUGCAGGCCUGCCGGGCAGCAUACGUGAAGUCGAUCGAGCUUCUUGUUGAGCUGGCGACUCUCCAAACGUCUUUCUUGACGCUCGACGAGGCCAUCAAGACCACAAACCGGAGGGUCAACGCUCUCGAGAAUGUGGUCAAACCGAGGCUCGAGAACACGAUAACAUACAUCAAGGGAGAGCUGGACGAGCUCGAACGGGAGGACUUUUUCAGGCUGAAGAAGAUUCAGGGUUACAAGAGAAGGGAGGUCGAGAGGCAGCGCGAGGCGGCCAAGGCUUUCGAGGAGGAGAAGUUUGCUGAGGAGAUUUCGCUUAAGAGGGGCGUUUCGGUGAAUUCAGCCCGGGACAUCCUGGCUGGCGUUGGUGGUGAGAAGGAUGACGACAUAAUCUUUUGA